AUGAGGACUUCAGGGUGCAUCCUUGAACGACUAGGACCAUGUUCAACAAAUUGUGGGUCUGGACGUCAAACGUUUAAGUUAUUCUGUGAAGAUUAUAGUGAUGAAGAAUUUAUUGAUGAAUUUGAAUUAUCAUGUGAAAGCAGUACCGGAUGUCAAGGUGGUUGGAGUGAAUGGGUACCUUUUGGUGAAUGUUCUACAACUUGUGACGGAGGACAAAAGGUGGUUAAAAGAAGGUGUGAUAAUCCAUAUCCAGGUCGUGAUUCUGAAUAUUGUGAUGGUGAUGACGUCAAAUACGUAUAUUGCAACAUGGGUGGUUGCCCAGGUGUUUGGGGCAACUGGACACAAUUUGGUGAAUGUUCUACUUCUUGUGACGAAGGACAAAUGCUAUUUACCAGAAAAUGUAACCAUCCAUUACCGGGCCAUUUGGCUACUGAUUGUGAUGGUGAAAACAUAGAAAACAGAACAUGCAACCUACGUGGAUGUCCAGGAUCAUGGAGCUGUUGGGAGGAUGAUGGUCACUGUUCAACUUCUUGUGGCAAUGGGACGCAGAUAAGGCAACGAAGGUGCAAUAAUCCAGCUCCAAGUAAUAAUGGAGUUGAAUGUGCUGGGGAAAAUGUGACUUCUGUUCAGUGCAUCAUUAAAGAGUGUCCAGUUUAUAAAUGGGGACAUUUGAAAGAGCUAAACUUAACAAAGGAUGAUCUUAAAGAAAUGAUGAAGGAAGAGUUGAAUGAAAUGAAGACCAACUUAACAAUCGAAUCAGGAAACAUGUCUGCUAAUAUCAGAAAACGCAUAUCAGCACUUGACGAUAGACCGUCUGCUGCAUUUGUAGGUUAUGUAGGUGUCGCUCUGCUAUUGAUUCCAUUGGUAAUGAUUAUUAGUUUUGACGCUUCAAUGUUUUUUGCCGUAGUAGCAAAUAUUUACAGAAAAGUUUGUAAAAGGAAAUCUGUGUAAAUAGCAAAUCCUCAAUUGGAAAAAAAUGAGCAAAAUGUUGUCUUUUAACCAAUUUCUACCACAACAAGAAUCCUGAAUCGCAAUAUAGGAACUCAUAAAGGAGAGACAUCCCUCGAACGAUUUUUUUGUGCAGAUGUUUAUUACAACCAGAAAACAAAGCUGUAAAUAUUUAUCAUAGAUACUGAAUAUGAAAAUUCGGACAUUUUUUCCUCAUGCAAUUUGUAAUAUCUUUAUUCAAAUUAUUUGUCCAAAACCUAACUCAUGUAAUUUGAAAUGUGUACAUAAAUUGACUGUGUUUUUCGU